UAAUCUGAAAAGACAAAUUUGAAAAAAAUGAAUACUAUUAAAGAGGAUUUCGAGUAUUACGGACAACCCUUAGCAACGUCGAGUUUUGUGCAAGAAAACACAAAAUCUUCGCAAGUAACAAUGCAAGCUUAUCAAGAUACGAGUAUGGACUGGGAUAUGGAAACCAGAUUCCAUGGCUUGGUGAAGCGAAGAAUUUCAUUUUGGGAAGGUCAAAACGAGAAAAAAGAUGAUGACGGAGACGUUUGCAAAAUAAAUAUUCCACUUAAGAGAAAAAUAAAUUGGACUGAAUCUGGAAUUUGCAGAGAUAGAAGUUCAGUUUCUUCUGGAUUAGGCAGUAGUAAAGGAUCUGUGUUGUCUGCAGGUUCGAUUAGAAGCAUUAAAGAAUCUGUGCCGUCUGCAGGAUCGAUCAGUAGCAGUAAAGAGUCAGUGUCGUCUGCAGUAUCGAGUAGCAACACUAAAGAUUCUAUGUCGUCUGCAGGAUCUAUCAGUAGCAGUAAAGAGUCUUUGUCGUCUGCAGGAUCGAGUAGUGGCAGUAAAGACUCUGUUUCGUGUACAGGAUCAAGCAGUGGGAUAUGCAGUGAGACUGGAUAUGAAGCAACUACAACAGAUUCUGAAGAACAGAAUGUUCUAAAAAAUGAUGAAAGUAAUGAAGAGAAUAGCAAGGCUCAUCAAAAUACUCUGGCUGAGGAUGUAAUUCUGGAAACCGAGGAAGAGCAGAAUAGAGAAACUGAAGAAAGUGAGUCAAUCAUCAGUAGUGAGGAAAGCACUAACGACCAUUAUUUUUCGGUUAACCCAAGCUCGUCAUUCGCGCAUUCUUUGAGAAACUUUCGUGAAAAUGCUGUUGGGAGUGUCAUUGAGCUGUUAGUCACCUACUUUUUGGGACGCUCCAUUGUACUCUUCAUAUGGUCAGCAUUCACAUCCGAUUGA